CUCCUUUGGACUUCUUUCCACCAUACACUCACCACACUUGAAGCCUCAACUAGUAUCAUCAUCAUCAUUAACAACAACAACAACAACAACAACACCAGCACUUUACCAACAACAACAGCAACAACAACAACCAAAACGGCAACCCACGAUUCUCCUUUUCGCUUCUUCUUGUACAGCUCAAUUCCUGGUCGACGAGCCUCCAUGACGACGCGACCGCCAUCACCUGCAACGCCGCCUACCGAGACCCCAGGUCGAGUACAAGUCGUGGCCACCGGUAGUACUAGCACUUCUCCCUUGUCGUCGUCACCUGCUGCUGCAGGUCUAGCCUCAGCAGCAGUCCUACCAACAACAGCAACCACUACUACUACUACUACUUUGAAUAGCCAUAAUAAUAAUAAUAAUAGUAGUAGUAACCAUGCCAACAACCCUACAUUGACGAACACGACUACGGCGCAGGCAGCAGCUGCACCGUUCCCGUUUAUACCCCGCUCCUAUCAACAAGCGAGCACCACUGCCACAACGUUCGGUCAACGGUUCAAAGCUGCAGGACUGCCACUGUCCUUUCCUCGUCUCUACUCCGGACCCUUGUUUGCUGCACCCUCCGUCUCUGUCAACCACACCCACAUUGUCAGUAGCAUAGGUCCUAUCACGCCUCCACUGACAAUCGACCACUCUACAUCGUCCCCGAUACCCUCAUGCUCCACCGGCGGCAGCGACACAUCACCGCCCUCAUCCACAGCACUGGCGGCACCAGGGAAAUCAACGACAGUCAUACCAAAACGCCAGAUAUACAAAGUUGUUCAUGAUAAAGAUUACUGCAUGUUUCGGAUCACGCUGGAUAACAAAAGAAUAGGUAAAAUACACUAGUCCCCCCCCACCCUGACAUUCAUAACAAGAGUUGCCAGCCAAGAAUUAUUAUUAUUAAACGAUGGAUCAUCAUCAUUACAGCGGCACUCUGCUACCUGCCAACGCGGUUCUCAUGGAUGGUCGAGUUUUAUCACACAGUAAGAAGAACAAGCUGUUGUUGUUGCUGCUGCUGCUGCUGCUGCACUGUUAUUUAUUGACUGCUAUAUACAUAGGAGAUUCCAACUGCAUAUCGUGAUCUUGGAUUGGGCGAUCGAUUG